GUGACUACUGCUGUUGUGUUCAUUGGAGAACUGUGAACCGUUUGGUUAAGACGGGUAUAUAACGACGAGAUCAACCUGUUGAGGCGAUUAUCUACCACUUUGCCCAGAAAUCAACCAACUCACACGGAAUAUCUUGAUAUAAAAGCAUACCGACUUUAAAGAGAAACAAUACCGCAAUCAUGUUGCCUCUCAACUACAUCUUUACCCUUCUCGCUAUGUUGAGUAUGGGCCUCUGUCUACCCACUCAGACACCAGAGCCUCAACCUGCACCUACACUCUCACCCGGCCUCCCAGACACAACAGGUCUUCCGGUUCUUCCAGGCGGUUCAUUCUUCGAAGAGAGACAAGAGAGAAACAACGCCAACCCAUCUGUCUUCAACCCUUCCGUCACAGCUGCCCCCGAUCAAGCAGAACAAUUGGCGAGCAUGGGCUGGGGGCAAACAACUUACUACGAAUGCAAGACGAGAGAUGGAAAGGAGCGCUGUGGAUGGCAUAUCCCCGUGUACAAGGCUGGCGCUGAGGGCCGACAAGCUGAGAUUGUGCACUGGAAGGUCGUCGUUGGAAUCGCAUUGGGGUUGGCGAUGUUGAUAUAUGGAGGAUUGUGGUGAAGAGUUGAUUUGAAGAUGCAUUGGGUGGAGUUUGGAGUUUUGGAUAGAUAUGUUGAUACCCUCUUGCUGCUGGGCGGCAUAUAAUUGAUUAGAAACAUUCCGUAUUUC